AUGAUGUUCAAGACUGUGACAUAUACUGAAGAAGCUUUGCUAACGGAUACAGAUUCAGAUGUCGAACCAUGUGAUUUAGGACAUUCAAAUGAUAGAAAGAAUGACAUUAGUCCUAAGUCUGAAAUAACAAACCAACCCCAUUUGAAUGCUAGUCCGUCGCGUGACAACCGGGGGCGUCUAAAUUUACCGAAAUUUAACCGAAGACCAUUGAGUGAUACACCAAUUGUGUCUCGCUGGGCUUCUCCUUUAAGUUCGACUGAUUCUUCUACUGAGGGGACCCCAAGCGCAUCUCCUAAUCGAAGCGUGACGGAAUUAGGUCAAUUGGUGGAGGAGGACGAAGAAAAAGAUGAGGAAGAUGAUGCGGUAGUGCAACCAGUUGUAUCGACUGGUGUUAAACCUUCAAAGCGUGCAACCACUAUAGAUGUGCCUGGUUUAACAAGGUCGAAAACUUCACCUGAUGGCAUUAUUUCUAAGGAUGAUCCAGGGUCGAAACUGGUUAUAGUGAUGGUGGGAAUGCCGGCUGCAGGCAAAUCCUUUAUCACUAAUAAGCUCUCUAGGUUUUUGAAUUAUUCGUUUUAUUAUUGUAAAGUUUUUAAUGUGGGAAAUACUCGCCGUGAGUACGCGAAGACUCAUGAGAUGUCGGAGCAAGAUUCAAAGUUUUUUGAUUCCAGAAACCCGGAGGCCAAUGCUUUGAGAGACAAAUGGGCGAUGGACACUUUGGAUGAGUUGUUGGACUAUUUAUUAGAUGGGCCUGGUUCCGUUGCUAUUUUUGAUGCCACCAAUUCGACAAAACAUAGAAGAAAGAUGAUCUGUGAUAAAAUUAGGAGUCGUAAUUCGCAGCUCAAUGUGUUGUUUUUAGAGAGUAUUUGCACGGACAAGGCAACUGUAGAGAAGAACAUAAGGUUGAAACUGCUUGGUCCAGAUUAUAAAGGGAAGGAUCCAGUUGCUUCACUAAGAGAUUUUAAGGAUAGAUUGGCUAAUUACCUAAAGGCUUACGAGCCGGUGGAAGAUUCUGAGGAUAUUCAGUAUAUUAAAAUGGUUGAUGUCGGAAAGAAAAUUAUAUCAUAUAAUAUACAAGGGUUCUUGGCUUCCCAGACUGUAUAUUAUUUACUAAACUUCAAUCUUGCUGAGAGGCAAAUAUGGAUUACCAGAAAUGGAGAAAGUGAAUCCAACAUACUUGGUCGCAUUGGUGGUGAUUCUAAACUAACUGAGCGUGGUCGUAAAUACGCAAAGGCCUUGGCAAAGUUUAUCGAUGCGCAAAGAAUCAAGUUUAACGAACAGGAAUAUAAUCAGCACAAAAAGCACAAUGAUAGCGACGAAGAAUACGUUCCUAAUUCUUUCUUUGUUUGGACUUCAAUGUUGGGUCGAUCUAUCGACACUGCGGCACACUUUAAUGAGGAUGUCUACCCUAUUAAACAGAUGCGUAUGUUGGAUGAGUUAAGUGCGGGUGAUUGCGAGGGAAUGACGUACGAAGAAGUGCACGAUAAAUAUCCUGCCGAAUUUGAAGAAAGACUUAAGGAUAAACUGAGAUAUCGGUAUCCAGGAAUCGGAGGAGAAUCUUACAUGGAUGUGAUUAAUAGAUUACGCCCCGUUAUAACUGAGGUCGAGCGGAUAACAGAUAAUGUUCUUAUAAUAACACAUAGGGUUGUUGCUAGGGUUUUAUUGGGUUAUUUUUUAAAUUUAAGCCGUGAUAUUAUUGCGAACCUUGAUAUACCCCUUCACAGUGUUUAUUGCCUAGAGCCCAAACCUUAUGGUAUUAACUGGUCCUUAUACGAAUACGACGAAGAAAAAGAUGACUUUUUUAUGGUACCGCAUACUCAACUGAAUACAACUAAGGUUAAGGAGCUUGGUUUGGUGCACAACGAAAGACGAUAUUCAAUAGUGCCGACUGCACCUUUAUCAGCUUCUGCCGACGUUAUACCUCGUAGUAAAAGCGACUCAGUUAAUACUGCCAUGAUUUCUACUGGAAUCCCAUCAGUCGCUACAUCAGUGUCUUCCGGUGGAAGUUCUAUUUCUCAAAGAGGUCCACCUCCCUUAAGGCAUUCGAUUGCAUAUAUGACUCGUCCUAGCAAGCUUGCUCGCUCCAAAUCAGAUAAUCUCGCAAAAAUGUCUAGAAAUCAUACCAUUAAGCCGCCAUAUGGCAACAGUGGUAUUGAAUUAAGUAAAUUGCAUGAAAAAUUGGUUGGAUUGCAGGAGAACGGUCGAGCAUUAAGGAAGGGAAGCAACAUGGAAGAUGAAGACAGUCAUGGAUAUGAUGAUGAUGAUGAUGAACAUGAUGAUUCUACAAAUGACGAUCAUGAUGGGACAAGCGAUCAAGUUGAUAAUGAUCAAAGCAAAACUACUGACGAUCGUGAUGAAAAAAAUGCAAAUAAUUAG